AUGCAAAAGGGAUUAGAAGCAUAUAUAAAGGUGUUCUUUGUACCUUUAGUGGAUUAUAUGGAAACUAGCUUUCAGGCCCAGGGACUUCACAUGCGCUUCUCCAUUCAUGGUGUCAACAGCAGUAACGAGUCAGCAUUGGUGGAAGAACUGGAGAUCGAGAGGACGAAAUUUAGUAUACCAGCAGCGUGGCUUACGCUCUUUAACCAGCUGUUCCUCAUCGCAGCCAUUCCAGUCCUUACCAGCUUCCUCUAUCCCAUCCUGGACAAAGCUGGCAUCAGGGUGUCGAUGCUGUUUAGAAUAGGUGUUGGGAUGGUGUUCAGUAUCCUGGCAGUUAUGACGGCUGGGGGUCUGGAGACUUACAGAACAUACCUGUGGAGAACUGACAACUCAACACAUAUUGAGCAAGUGAUCGGGAAUGUGACAUACCAUGCUGUCAACAUAUCGAUAUUCUGGCAGGUUCCUCAGUAUGUCUUAGUUGGAGCAGCUGAACUGUUUGCAAGCAUCGCAGGUUUGGAGUUUGCCUAUUCUGCUGCACCACGUUCCUUCCAAGCUAUGAUUAUGGGCUUGUUCUACACCAUGGAGGGCAUUGGCUCUCUCCUGGGCACAGCGUUACUUCACCUUGUCAGUCCCUUUUGGCUCAGCAAUAUGACUGACUAUGGGAAUAUCAAUGACAACCAUUUGGAUUUUUACCUUUAUUUCCUUGGGGUUCUUCAGUUUACUACCUUCUUAGUUUAUUGUGGUGCCCUUUACAUGCAGAAGUUUUCUCUGAGACCCAUAGCUAUGCCACCAUCGAGAAGAAGACGUCCCACCGAGCCCUUCUCGGGCGACCAGGGACCAGGUGGUGUGGGGUUGAUAGAGGAAGAAAACGAGGACGAGGACGAGGAGGACGAGGAAGAUGAUCACGACAUGAGAGCGAAUGAUAAUCAACAGUUGUUGUGAAACUUUUGUGAUUAAAUGAUAGUUCUUGUAAAUAUAGAAUCUCGUAAGAUAAUUUUUUUAUAUGCUUAAUGUUCUGUGAAUUUUUUUUUUUUUUUUGUUAGUGAAGUAGCAGUCACUGCUUAGACCUCUCCAA